GGACGAUAUAAUUCAAAUUUUGUUAAUAUUUUGUGUGGUGUUGUCCGACGACAAGAUAGCCGUAGAGUAAUUGUUGGUGAUGAAGUGAAUAUUAAAAGUAGAGAAGGGACGUGAAUCCCAUGCAAAACAUUGGGAGAGUCCAUAUAUUGAAAUACGCAAGAAUAAUACUCAUUUUUCUCUCCCAUUCGUCUUGCCGUUUGAGGAAGUUGGAGAUCCGUGAGUAUUCUCCGAUCUCCAAUCUUUCCUCUGGCACACAAUCCAUUUCUUUUUGUCUUUCUCUCAUUGAACUGGCUCAAUAAAUAAAAGGAGGAAAUUUCAUUCUUGGUGGGUGUUUCUUGAAAUUACAAUCAAGAACAGGAAAACCCAUAUCUUGAUUUCGGAGAAAAAUGGGUAUUUCUCAUAGAAUAAUGCCUGCCUGUGAUCAACUAUGUGUGUGUUGUCCGGCAAUGCGGACAAGGUCCCGCCAACCUGUUAAGCGUUAUAAGAAGCUCAUUUCUGAUAGCUUUCCUCGAUCUCCGGAUGGAGAGCCUAAUGAUCGAAUGAUCAACAAAUUGUGUGAAUAUGCUUCGAAAAAUCCACUUCGGAUACCCAAGAUAACGACUGUUCUUGAGCAACGGUGCUACCGGGAACUAAGAAAUGAGAAUCUCGGGUCUGUUAAGGUAGUCAUGUGUAUCUACCGGAAGUUGCUUACAUCCUGUAAGCAACAAAUGCCACUAUUUGCAGGCAGCUUUCUAAGUAUAAUACACAUUUUGCUGGAUCAGAUGAGGCAUGAUGAAAUGCGCAUAGUAGGAUGCCAAGCUCUUUUUGACUUCAUAAUUAACCAGAGGGACUCUACAUAUAUGUUUAACUUUGAAGGCCUGAUUCCCAAAAUCUGUCUUCUUGCUCAAGAGAUGGGUGAGGAUGAAAGGGUGAUUAAAAUGCGCUGCGCUGGUCUUCAAGCCCUGUCUGCUAUGAUAUGGUUUAUGGGUGAGUUUUGUCACAUGCCAGCUGAAUUCGAUAGUGUGGCGGCUGCAGUGUUGGAAAAUUGUGAAGGUCCAAAGGAGAAGCCGGAUCUUAAUAAUGAUAAUCAAAAUAAACAGAAUCAUGAAGUCCAGCUAGCUUCUUCCGGUGAUAACCAGAUGUCAUCAUCCUCUGAUGAAUUAAGAAGGGCUACUUCUUGGAGGAAUAUAGUAACAGACAGAGGCCUUAAUGUGGCUGCGGAAGAUUCGAGAAAUCCCAAGUUCUGGUCAAAGGUGUGCUUACAUAACAUGGCGAAGUUAGCGAAGGAGGCAACAACUGUACGGCGUGUUCUGGAGUCCUUGUUCCGUUUUUUCGAUAAUGCUGAUCUUUGGUCUCCUCAACAUGGAGUUGCCCUUGCUGUUUUGCUUGACAUGCAAUCUAUUAUGGAAAAUUCUGGGCAAAACACACAUUUCUUGCUGUCUACUUUGAUCAAGCACCUUGAUCACAAGAAUGUCCUUAAAAAUCCAAAUAUGCAGAUAGAAAUUGUUGAAGUUGCCAGCGCCCUUUCUAAGGCAACAAAGGUUCAGUCAUCUCUGACGAUAGUUGGUGCGUUUAGUGAUAUGAUGAGACACCUCCGCAAAAGCAUACUCUGUUCCCUUGAUGACUCGGAACUUGGGGAAGAAGUAAUUCAAUGGAACAGAAAGUUGUACACAGCUGUUGAUGAAUGCCUUGUUGAGAUGUCCCAGAAGGUUGGAGAUGCUGGUCCUAUUCUUGAAGUGAUGGCAGUAAUGCUGGAAAGCAUAUCAAAUGUAACAGUUAUGGUGAGGAAUACGAUGGCUGCUGUUUAUCGGACUGCUCAGAUUAUUGCAUCUUUACCAAAUCUUUCAUAUAAAAACAAGGCUUUUCCUGAGGCAUUAUUCCAUCAAAUUCUUUUAGCUAUGGUCUCCCCAGACCAUGAAACAAGGCUUGUGGCACAUCGUGUAUUUUCUGUUGUUCUUGUCCCAUCUUCGGUUUGCCCCCGUCCUAACUCCGUCCAUCCACGGUGGACAAAGGCUACUGGUAUUCAGAGGACCCUAUCUAGAACCGUUUCAGUGUUCUCUUCUUCAGCUGCGCUUUUUGAUAAAUUAAGGAAAGAACAAUCUCCCGCACAUGACAAUAUGGCUGGAAAGGAGAAAACUUUCAAUGCUAAAUCAUUGGUAAAAAACCAAUCCAUGCUGAAAAGAUUGACAUCAAGCUAUAGUCGAGCUUAUACUGUGAAAAGGAAUUCGGUACCUGGAACUGAUGAAGGAAAAGAGAACAGUAACACAGAAGAGGAGCAGGAUGGAAUUUUUCUCAAGCUGAAAAUUCGACAGAUCAGCCUCUUGCUGUCUUCACUGUGGGUGCAGGCAAUCUCUCCUACAAAUACUCCAGAGAAUUAUGAAGCAAUUGCUCAUACUUACAGCUUGGUGGUGUUAUUUUCACAAACAAAGAAAUCCAGCCAUGAGGCUCUUAUUCGAAGUUUCCAGCUAGCAUUUUCUUUGAGGAACAUUUCUAUAGGAGGAAAAGGAACUCUACCACCAUCACGUCGCAGGUCACUCUUUAUGUUGGCAACAUCCAUGAUUAUUUUCCUAUCUAAAGCCUACAACUUUAUCCCUGUUGUUGCUUGUGCUAAAGCUGCAUUGAUGGAUAAAACAGUUGAUCCUUUUCUUCAGCUGGUAGAUGACUGUAAACUGCAAACUGUAACUGGUAAAACAGAGCAUGCAGACAAAGUUUAUGGCUCAAAAGAGGAUGACGAUGAUGCCCUGCAGUCACUUUCGGCAAUACAACUAUCUAGUAACCAAACUACAGAAUACUUUGCUUCAAUAAUAGUCGAGAGCCUGAGGAAUUCUUAUAAAAAUAAGACUGCUGCUAUAAAGGAUCAGUUGCUUAAAGAUUUUCUUCCUGAUGAUGUUUGUCCUUUGGGAGCUCAGCUAGUUUCAGAAUCAGGGCAGGUCUACCAAUUUGGCUCAAAUGAUGAUAAAAGUUUGGACGAGGUUGGGGACCUGACUCUACCCAUCUUAGAGGACGGCUUAACAGCUGAAAAUGAGAGUUUAUCUAACUCACAUCUUACUCUGCAAAUUCCAGACCUCAUAACUGUCACUCAGUUCCUAGAUUCGGUAUCUGAUACAACACUUCAAGGAGGAAGACUCUCUGUCUCAACUUCUGAUAUGACUUUCAAGGACAUGGCAGGCCAUUGUGAGGCCCUUCAAGCUGGGAAGCAGCAAAAGAUGUCACAUCUAAUGAUUGCCCAAGCGUCUCAAGAAAAUCCUUUUGACUUUUACGGACAGGACUAUAUCCAGGCGAAUAUGAAGCCUUCAAACAACUGCGAUGAUGUCAAAUCUCCAGUUGAACAUACACAUGUGAAACAUGGCUCUGUGUCCAAUUUGUCGAAUCCCUUUAUCAAUGUCCCUCCGAUGCCAUGUGCAACUGAAUCCAACUUCUUUGCGCUACCUGCUUCAAGUCCAUACGACAACUUUUUGAAGGCAGCUGGCAGUUAAAGUCACCAUAAGAGAUUGAGAGGUAGCAAAAGCUUGAAGAAUCUCUCUUUUAUCUAAAUUUUGCAUCAUUCUGCUGCCAAUAAUUUUCUGAUUGUAAACAAUUUUGGGAUCUGCUCAUUGAGGUACUGGACUGUAUUCUUAUUUCUUUCUUCUUGUGUCAAUCUUCCUAUCCAUUUGAUCUGAGGAGAUGUACUAAGUCGAACAUUCAUGAAAUGAGGGAAUUUUGUAUAGAGCUUUUUCAAAAGAAUGUAAAAUUUGUAGAAAUAGAGGAUUAUAAAACUUCUAUAUGUUGAGCUUAGGUUGGCCAAUUUCAAGUCUAUGUAAUGUACAUAUGUUCUAUUAUAACUAUAAUCUAAUCCAUAAAUGAAAGCAUCAUUUUUCUUCCCUGUUUU